AUGGACGCUCGACCCCAAAGACCUUUACGAUUUACUCACACCAAUGGUGAUGAGAACAUCGCACCUUUAAUCGUACCUUCAACCAUCCAACAACAAUCAACUCUACACCAAAAACAAAAGCCUACAGGAACCAUAGCCAGUAUGUUAACAGUUGGACUCAAGGCUGCUGCCAAGAGAACUGCAUUCGGAGACGUUAGCAAUACCGCAAAGACUUUGAAUACUAUUCAUGAUGAGUCUGCUAUUAACGGCAAGUCGGUCGAAGUCAUUAAGCCUAUUGCUAUUCAGGACAAGUCAGCUGCACUUUUAAGACCAGCACAACGACCACUCAACAACGGCCUCAAGGCACCAUUAGCUACAUCUACUUCCGAACAAGCUUCUAUUGCUCCACUUCCAAAACAAACUCAAGCGAAUCAAACCAAGCGCAAUACUUUGGCCAAGAAGGGUGCGGUAUAUAAGGACACUGGAGUUGAAAACAUUCAGCCACUCGCACAAAAGUCCAUCACAUCCACUGGUCCACUCAUUCAAAACCUCGGCCCUAGACACGCCAAGAGCCAACCUGAGAUCAAGGCUGAGCAACCAGUUCUACGAAGAACACAGAGCAAGCAACUGAACAAUGUUGUCGGCAACAUUGAGCCUACAAUCUAUCACACCGCUCCCGAGCAUGCUUUGAAGGAGAACAUCAACGAGUCUCACCUCCGAUCGACCAAGGAAAAGGAGGAGUCUGUCGUCGCUGAGAAGUUGAAGUCACAAAAGCAAUUACCAGCUCCACCACUUGCUUCUGAACCCGAGGAAUAUUGGACCGAGGAUGAAGAGGAAGCUUAUGAUGAUCAAGGCUAUACAACUGCCCAGUCUUUCCGAGGAGAGAAUACUGUCGGAGGAGCAACUACUGUUAUCGUUCCAAAGGUCACAAACAAGGUUAAGAAGGAGCUUGAGGAUGCUAAGAUUCUUGUUGAGUCUGUUCGGACCCAGGAAGAUAUUGAAGAUGAGAUGUGGGAUACUAGCAUGGUGGCUGAGUAUGGUGAAGAAAUUUUCUCAUACAUGCGUGAACUCGAGGUUAGUAAUAACACAUUUCAUCGUUGUGCUUUAGGCCAUACCGCGUUGAACAAGCUUCUUCCUGACCCACAUUACAUGGACACACAAGCAGAGAUCCAAUGGUCAAUGCGAUCUGUUUUGAUGGAUUGGUUGAUUCAAGUUCACCAGCGAUUCUCUCUUCUUCCUGAGACACUCUUCCUCUGCGUCAACUACAUCGAUCGGUUCCUUUCGAAAAAGGUCGUUUCGCUUGGCAAACUUCAAUUGGUUGGUGCCACAGCCAUCUUUGUUGCUGCCAAGUAUGAAGAGAUUAACUGCCCUUCGAUCGGUGAGAUCGUCUACAUGGUUGAUGGUGGAUACAGCAGUGAAGAGAUUCUCAAGGCAGAACGAUUCAUGCUCAGCAUGCUUCAGUUUGAAUUGGGAUGGCCUGGACCAAUGAGUUUCCUUCGCCGUAUCAGCAAAGCCGACGAUUACGAUCUUGAGACACGCACAUUGGCCAAGUACUUCCUCGAGGUCACCAUCAUGGAUGAGCGAUUCGUUGGUAGCCAACCAAGUUUUGUCGCUGCUGCUUCUCACGCCGUUGCGAGAUUUAUGCUCAGCAAGGGUGAUUGGUCUCCAGCUCAUGUUUACUACUCUGGUUAUACUUGGACCCAGUUGAAGCCAUUGGUUGCCUUGGUCAUGGAGUGUUGCGAGAAUGCGCGAAAGCAUCAUGCUGCUGUCUUUGAGAAAUAUUCCGAUCGCCGUUACAAGAGAGCUUCCACCUAUGUUGAGGACCAAAUGAUCAAGGGCUUCCAAAUUCCAGGUAUCAUUCGCCGUCGACCAUCUGUUCCAGCUGCCUUGCGCCUCGAACCUCAAUAUCCAAACGUUACCUUUGACCCAUUGCUGUCCAUCGAGGAAAACUCCCAGCGAAUGAUUCAAGCCAGAAGCUAA